GUUCAAGGACGGAUUAUGAUCCACGACCAAAUUGACAAUUUUGGUACACGUAUAAAACUUUGUGGUCAUGUCAAAGCUUCCCUUCACCUACCUGGCGGCUGCCUGGAGCCCGUGCGGCGUCCCUCUGACCUACAAACAGCACAUCCGACUUACCUUCUGACUCUGAAUACUUCGACUCUCACCACACCCGCCAGCCAGUCGCAAUGGAUCCCCAUGGCAAGAAGCGCACAGCAGACGGCUUCUCACCUACCGCCUCCGUCUUUGCUCCAUCAUCGAGCGGCUCAGAUGCACCACAAAUGAUGCGCCGCCACCGCCACCGCCGUCGUAAUAUUGCAGCAACUGUCUGGGGCGUCGAGCAACCACCGCCGCCGCCCGGCAUGCUUGUCCCACUCCCAUCUGUACUCCCUCCCAAGAACCCACCGCCACUCCCUCGCUCUUCCAGCCUCCGCGUGCAGCCUUUCAACAUUUACAAAUCGCUGCUGCGGCACCCAAACCUCUUCUUUCAGUUCUGCAUCCGGCUGCCCUACCGCACCAUCGUGUCCCUCUACAGCAUCGACAAGGAAUUCCACUACCGCCUGAACAAAUACUCCGUCGGCCUGAUCCACGAGUACGCGCUGUACCACGCGCCGGUCGCCGCGCCCAUCUUCGCCUGGAUCCUGUUCCCGCACCUGUGCAUCAGCGACCCCAUGCUGCGGCCGAUGGACGGGCGGUCGUGGCUAGCGCGCGACGUGCCCGGGUUCCGGUGGGUGGGGAUGGUGCUGGCGCGGCAGCGGAUGGUGCGGGGGAUCCUCACGUCGCUGGCGGGCGAGGGCCACCGGGUCCCACGGCAGGCGUUCGCGGUGCUGUGCAAGUUCUGGUGCGUGAUGGAGUGCCGCAAGGGCGCGCUGCGGGAGGCGUUUCUCGCGGACCGCGGCAUCUGGAGCGACGACGAGGUGCUGGUGUUUCUGCUGCUGCUGGUCAAGCUCGAUAUGCGGCUGUCGGAUCCGGUGCUGGGGAAUGGGAUUGCUGAGUUGAGUCAUAUGCUGCUGUCGCAGGAGGGGCUGGAGAUGCUGUGGAAGGUGUUGAUGGGGAAGAUGAGGAUCGAUUAUGAUCUGGCUACGGAGAUCCUGGUUCGGACUUAUUUGAGCGAGGAUCUGGAUACUGAUACGCAUACCUGGUUGGACGAUGAGGUGGAGAACGGUGUGCCUGAGGAGCAGUGGGGAUUGCUGAGCAGAGAGGGAUGGGACGUGGAAGGGAAGAGGAUGGAGAGUGCGGUCGACAUUGUGAUCAUGGAGAGCAUCAAGCGGGGGUUGGAUGUGCAGAAGUACUACCUGGACUUCGUCCUGUAUGGAUUCGUCGACGGAGAUGGUUUCAACAUUCCCGUGCCGCGGAGGCUGAGUCGAGAGAAUGGGAAGGGCGCGGUAGAGGUCGGAUGGCCAACGGAAUGGGAGCAGCAGAAGGCGCUGAUGGCCUUGAGGCAACUGACCGGUUGCGUGGCGAGGAAGCCGAUGGCUUAAGGCUAGAGAUGAGCGGCCUUGAGGCGUUGCUGGGACUGUGUGUAUGUCCUCAGCUCUUUUCACAAAAUGUGCGUUACGCGCGUGCGUGUUCACACCGUAAUACCAUGAAAAGAUUAAGAUCAAGAGCAUGAAUCGCACUGCCGUCACUUGAAGAUCAAUCGUACUUUCGUCACUUUCAAGAUCGGUCGCAGAAAGGCGGGUAUGUGGGGACACUGACAGACGCUAGUUGAUUGCGGGUGGGACUGCCGCGUGUGGUCACAGUCCUCAAGAUGCGGUAUCGAGCAAACAAACAUUGCGAGAUGAGCUUCACAAAUCAGCAACGUGUGCUUGAAACUCACAUCUCACAAUGUGCCCAGCGUAGCCUGCCUUGUCCAAUCAGGGAUCCAGCAAUA